AUGAAUGAAAGCUUAGCAUCUCAAGGCCUUGUAGGGUUUGCUGUGGAGCCUAUUACCAACUGCCCUCAUAUACCGGAUUACCAAAUCAACGAGAAAAAGCCAGAUUUAUAUCACAAGCCAUGCCUAGCUUGUGGCGAUACAAAAGAGAACUGGCAAUGCUUGCACUGCAAUUCUGUGUACUGCUCUCGCUAUUGCCAAGGACACAUGAAGCAGCAUGUGCAGAACGUCCCAGAACAUUCAGUUUGCAUUAGCUACAGUGAUUUAUCAGUUUGGUGCUAUAAAUGUGAUAACUAUAUUACACACAACGAUUUGGAGCCCAUUAAGAGAAUAUUAUAUGUAUCAAAGUUUGGACAAGAGCCACAUCAGUGA